AUGGAAUAUACAUCACCUUUGAAUCAUAUUGUUCUUCACUAUCCUCGUUCUGAAUUGACUGUUCUCUCCAUUCGGUCUCAUUUGACUGGUGAGACUCUUUUUGCUCGACGCCUCAUCUCGUUCCUUCGUGAACAUAAGUUUCAUUCGAUUCUCGAACGUGUAGUUACAUUUACAUCGAUUCCAAGUGAUCUAUGUCAAAAAGAACUCGUGAAAAACAUUCGUGAUGAGACCAAAGGCGAAGGUUAUGUUGUCGAAAUCAUACGUUCAGAUCAAACGUCUUAUUUAGUAAAAAUCAAAACUAAUAAGUAUCUUCAAUUACAUCAUUGUAAAGAUAGUGUGAAUUCUUUACAACAUUUAUUUGAAAAUGUAAUCAAUGAGCAAACAGACGAUUUAAGAUCAUUAUUUAAAGAUGAUUUAGUAGCUUUGGAGAAAAUAACCAAAAUGGAGGAGCAAGUACGACCUCAAUUCAAUCAAAUGGUGCAAUCUAUUGAACAGUUUUAUGAAGAGAACAAGCAUCUUUCGAGAAAAGAUUAUGCUAUCCUAAUAAAUAACACAUCAUCAAUCAAAAAAAUAUAUAUGAAAUUACUGAUGAAUCUAUAUGCGGAUAAAAUCAAUGAUUAUAAACAAUUUGCAUUGAUGCAUGCAAAAGAUCUUUUCGGAAUUAAUGACAAUUGUCAAACAUUAUCAAUAGCCGAUGUUGAACAAAAAGAGUAA